GAAGUGCGGAGGCCGCCCGCAGCCUUGUGGCCACGCCCCCGCGUCUCGGCUCUGGGGCCAAGCCGGCGAGUGGCGUCCGGAGUUCUAGUGGGUAUGAGUGCGGGGCGGUCGGCCGCCUCUGGGUCCUUCCCGACCGGUGUGUGGCACCGCCUCACGUGGUGCUGGUAGUAAAGAACUGCAAAGCGGAAGGUGUAAGGACGGGAACAAGUGCAGUGCAGAGGUAGACACUCUAUCACUUGAACAGCUUCAUCAGUCCAUAUCAUGAGAAUUCUGUUAAACCAUGUUCUGCUGAUUCCAAUAGGCUGGAUAAGGACAUUGUUAAUGUCAUAAUCAAACUGGAUUUUCCAAAAGUCAAAACAAUGUAAAUAGAACCAUGCCACAGGUUGAACAAGUGAAAUUACUUGACCGAUUCAGUACCAGCAACAAGUCAUUAGCAGGAACACUGUAUCUUACAGCCACACAUCUCUUAUUUAUCGACUCUCAUCAGAAAGAAACCUGGAUACUACACCACCAUAUUGCCUCAGUGGAGAAACUUGCUUUGACUACUUCUGGAUGCCCACUCGUGAUUCAGUGCAAGAACUUCAGGACUGUGCAUUUCAUUGUUCCCAGAGAAAGAGACUGCCAUGAUAUUUAUAACUCUCUGCUGCAACUGUCAAAACAAGCAAAAUAUGAAGAUCUCUAUGCAUUUUCUUAUAAUCCUAAACAAAAUGAUUCAGAACGACUACAAGGUUGGCAGCUCAUUGACCUGGCUGAGGAAUAUAAGAGAAUGGGAGUGCCAAAUUCACACUGGCAAUUAUCUGAUGCCAACCGAGAAUACAAGAUUUGUGAAACUUACCCCAGAGAACUCUAUGUUCCUGGGAUAGCAAGCAAACCAAUAAUUGUUGGUAGUUCCAAGUUCCGGAGCAAGGGAAGAUUCCCAGUUCUUUCCUACUAUCAUCAAGACAAGCAGGCUGCCAUUUGUCGAUGUAGCCAGCCACUGUCAGGCUUCAGUGCCAGGUGCCUGGAGGAUGAACAUUUGCUUCAAGCCAUUAGUAAAGCCAACCCAGUCAAUCGCUACAUGUAUGUUGUGGAUACCAGGCCCAAACUGAAUGCAAUUGCAAACAGAGCAGCUGGAAAAGGUUAUGAAAAUGAAGAUAACUAUUCUAAUAUAAGAUUUCAGUUUGUUGGAAUAGAAAAUAUUCAUGUUAUGAGGUCCAGCCUUCAGAAGUUAUUGGAAGUCAGUGGUACCAAAGGACUUUCUGUCAACGAUUUCUACUCUGGUUUGGAGAACUCAGGAUGGCUUCGCCAUAUCAAAGCUGUUUUGGAUGCUGCAAUCUUCUUAGCCAAAGCAAUAACGGUUGAAAGUGCAAGUGUGUUGGUACACUGUUCUGACGGGUGGGACAGGACUUCUCAGGUUUGCUCCCUUGGCUCACUUUUAUUGGAUUCCUAUUACAGGACAACCAAAGGAUUCAUGGUUUUAAUAGAAAAAGAUUGGAUCUCAUUUGGACAUAAAUUUUCAGAGCGGUGUGGCCAUUUGGAUGGAGACCCAAAGGAAGUCUCACCAGUGUUCACUCAGUUCUUGGAAUGUGUGUGGCAUUUGACCGAACAGUUUCCACAAGCUUUUGAAUUCAAUGAAGCAUUUCUUCUUCAGAUCCAUGAACAUAUUUAUUCAUGUCAAUUUGGAAACUUCCUUGGAAAUUGUCAGAAGGAAAGAGAGGAUCUCAAGUUGAAGGAGAAGACUUACUCCCUGUGGCCAUUUCUUUUGGAUGACCAAAAGAAGUACUUAAAUCCUCUCUACAGUUCCAAAUCACAGAGAUUAACAGUUUUGGAGCCAAAUACAGUAUCUUUCAAUUUUAAGUUUUGGAGAAACAUGUACCACCAGUUUGAUCGAACAUUGCAUCCUAGACAGUCGGUACUUAAUAUAAUUAUGAAUAUGAAUGAACAAAAUAAACAGUUCGAGGAAGAUAUUAAAGACCUAGAAUCUAAAAUUAAGCAAUGCAAAAAUAAGCAAACAGAUGGCAUCCUCACCAAGGAAUUGUUAGAUUCAGUUCAUCCUGAAUCACCUCCCCUCAAAACCACCCUGUGUCUGAAAGAGCAGACUCUGCUACCCGUGAAUGAUGCACUCCGAACAAUAGAGGGCAGCAACCCAGCAGACAACCGAUACCAGGACUACGCAGAGGAGGUUUUCUAAGUCAGAGCCCGCUGUGGUCAGCUUAGAGUAUGGUGUGGCAAAAAUGACUUGCUAGGCUCUGAGUAUUUUCUGAAUGGACUGGAGGGCAAGAAAUGGAGAACUAUGAGGAUGGUCUGUGCGAAUGGCCAAAGGGAUUUGUCUAAUACUGACCUCGGGGUUUUAACAAUAGGUGCAUGAUUGAAGAAAGGAUAUAACUGCUCUUGUGAGAGAAAUAAGUCAGCUUGAUUGCGUCUAGCAAGGACUGGCAUUCGGUUCUGUAAAAAAUGAGUGGCAUUUGGCAGAUUUGCUCACAACACAGUUUGCACAGUAUACUAGUGAAUUGGCAUUCCUGUGUGAUUUACAUGUUAAUUAACAGCCAAACAUGCUUUCCUUAAGUGUAAUUUAACUUUGAGAAAGUUAACACUUGACAAAAAGAUCCUGUAAUAAUUGACAUGGCAUGUAUUUCAAUUAUGUAACGGUGUAACUGAAUAUUUACAUGUUUGCAUUUUAGUGAUGUUUAAUAUUGAAGUGCCAUGAAAAAUAUUUCCUAGGGAGCCUUAAAAUUGUUUCUUUACCCUUAACUUUUUUAGCCUAGAACAAGAUGUUUGUUUUUUUUCUUUUGGCCCAUCUUGUUUUGUUUGUAAAGAAUGUCACUAUCAUUGCUUCAGUGGUUGCAUGCUGCAGUGCUCCUGCAUAAACAUUUGCAGAAGUACUGUUGAAUUCACGGCUAGCCAACCCCAUUUCCACAUUCAGUUAGUGAAACUGAAGGUUUUAUUCUGGUUGUAAUUUGUUUAGUGCUGCAUUUGAUGGUUUCUUUACAACUUAGAUUAUAAGCACGUUUGACUGUCUUUUAUACACAGAUUGCCACACUCUUGAUAUUUUGUGGUUGGCUUUAAUCCUUUGAUAACUGUGUAAGUUUAUAGAGCUAAAACUCUAAAGCUGUCCUUGGAAACAAUAUAUACAGCUUUAUCUCCCAAUGAGUUGCUAUUCCUAGAAUAUUUAACUUUCAGUGUACCCAUGAACUUUUGGGUUAAGUAAAAAGGGAAGUACAGAUAGUUUAGAUUUUGCUCUGUUGCAUAAAUUUUAAAACUGUUGUGUUUUGUGGAACAUUGUUUUCUUCUGAUAAAUGGGAAAAGAAAGGAAAACUAAGGAGAGCCUAGUUAAUGUUUAACAAAAGUGACUUAAACUCUGGGAAGGGUUUCAUUUUGCCUUGUGGCUACUCUAUGUACUAGUACAUAUUUUUAAAUCAACAAACAAAAAAUCAACUGCAGUUAACAGUGUUACCCAUCUAGCUUUAAAAUUGAAAGUUAAGUGACAUGGUAACACAAGGGACAAUUCAAGGGUACUGGGGAGUCUGCAUAGGAUCCCUCAUGGUCUCACUAUCACACCUUUAUCUACUAGAUUAGUUCUGAACAUAGACAUCUUUUUCAAGUGACCAAAAGCUCUAUUACAAGUGAGCUUAUCUAACUAAUCUUGUUUGUUUUUCCAAUUCAUUUCUGUAAUAUGUUAUUGAUAAUGCUGCUUUUUAAAAGUAACAGAAAUGAGUGUAAAAUAUAGUAUAUGAUUAACCACUCAUAUCUCCAAAGUUACGCACUGGGGAAGGAAACUUAAUCUUCUUAACCACAAAGGGAACUUUGCCGUGCCUUGUUUCUGGUCAGAUUGUGGUUUCAGAAUCUGCGUGUCAGAGUUCUUAGAGUCACCUCUUUGAUUUCUUGUCUUAACCUUCAACUUCAGACAGGUGUAUGUGUCUGCGUGCUCAAACUUGGACUGAAAAGCCAGAUGGCAUCCCAAGGGACCCUACGCGGUUCAUGCUGGCAAAAAGCAGAUUGUCUGUAUCUCUUAUAAAAUUGGAUUUAUGUUCCUUGUGUUUUUGGAAUUAUAGCAUGUAAAUCAUUCAUGUAUUAUUUAAAGAUAAUUAAAUGUUCAUGUUUUUCUUGGAAUGUUUUUCUUUGGGGAUGGAGUUGUGAUUGGUGUUUUUCUUCCUCUAGGCAAAUAAUGCUAUUCAUAACCUUAAGUCAGCACCAGGUUGCCAUCGCCCACCUUUUGGUAGAAGGCUGGAUCCAGGGAGCACAGGCAUUGAGCGGAAGAUGACUGGCCAAGAAAAAGGUUACUGAGGCUUGAGGUUUGUUUCCAUCCUGAGUGACGAAGCCAUCAACACAAGCACAGUCCCACUGUGGCCCCAAAUGGCCAUUGGCCCUGAGCCCAUGAGGCUCAUGUGUCUCUGUGUUGGGAGCACCU